AAAGGAAGGGGGAGGAUCUCUAGUUCUGGGACCUGCCUCUCUCCCUGUCCCCACCCCUUCCAGGCAAAGCAAACGCAGGUCUUCCUAAUGGAAGAAACCGGCGGGCGGGCUGACAGAGAAGGCUCUUGACAGGGAGGAAGGAGGAGGCAGAGGGAGGCGAGCCCACCCCGGCUAGUGCUAAGGCGCUUUCAGCAGGGGAAGGGAACCCUUUUCCCCGGGCGUCUGCAGACUAAGGGAAUGUAUUUAGUUCACACAAACAUGGCUGCUGCCUUCAGAGCUGCAAACCGAGUGUUGUGUCCAUUCACGAAAAGCAGCAGCUGCAGUCAAAUGAGAGUCCAAAUACAAUGGAGAGGUCAGUCAACAGCAGCAGCAGCCACACAAACAAAAAGAACAGAGCCUCAAAUUCAGCCUGAAAAGAGGAAAACUAAAACAGGAAUCUUGAUGUUAAACAUGGGGGGCCCAGAAACACUGGGAGAUGUCCAUGAUUUCCUACUUAGGCUUUUCCUAGAUAAGGACCUGAUGACGCUUCCAGCACAAAAUAAGCUGGCGCCAUUUAUUGCCAAACGUCGCACACCGAAAAUCCAAGAACAAUAUAGCAGGAUCGGAGGAGGGUCACCAAUUAAAAAGUGGACUGUAACACAGGGAGAAGGCAUGGUGAAACUGCUGGAUGAAAUGUCUCCUCACACUGCGCCUCACAGAUACUAUAUUGGAUUUCGGUAUGUCCAUCCUCUGACAGAAGAAGCAAUUGAAGAGAUGGAGAAAGAUGGCGUUGAGAGGGCUAUUGCAUUUACACAGUACCCGCAGUACAGCUGUUCUACCACAGGAAGCAGCCUAAAUGCCAUUUAUCGCUACUAUAAUAAAAAGGGGGAGAAGCCAAAGAUGAAAUGGAGCAUUAUUGACAGGUGGCCCACACAUCCCCUUCUCAUUCAGUGCUUUGCAGACCACAUACAGAAAGAACUGGAUCUGUUUCCACCUGAGAAAAGGAAAGAUGUUGUCAUUCUGUUCUCGGCUCACUCGCUCCCAAUGUCUGUAGUGAACCGUGGCGAUCCGUACCCUCAAGAGGUGGGAGCUACUGUCCAAAGAGUCAUGGAGAAGCUCAACUUUUCCAACCCCUAUAGGCUCGUAUGGCAAUCCAAGGUUGGCCCAAUGCCCUGGCUGGGUCCUCAGACAGAUGAAACUAUUGAAGGGCUCUGUCAAAGGGGACAGAAGAACAUUUUGUUGGUUCCAAUAGCAUUUACCAGUGACCACAUUGAAACUCUCUAUGAGCUGGAUAUUGAAUAUGCUCAAGUUUUAGCAAAUGAGUGUGGAGUUGAAAACAUCAGAAGAGCAGAGUCUCUUAAUGGAAAUCCAUUGUUCUCCAAGGCACUGGCAGACUUGGUCUGUUCACAUAUCCAGUCGAAUGAAAUCUGCUCCAAGCAGUUAACCCUCCGCUGUCCGCUUUGUGUAAAUCCUGUUUGCAGGGAGGCAAAAUCCUUCUUCACUAAUCAACAGUUGUGAUGUGCAGCAUAGAAGAACACACUUGUUUUGUACAGGGAAAUCGCUUAAUGGUGCAACAAUACAAACAUCAGAAAUUGCACAGAUACCAAUUGCACAAGCUACACAAAUAGCCAACUCUAGCAUUUUGGUACACUCUUCUAACCCCAGUGGCUUCAGUGGGCUUGCAGUUUUGUAACUGAGGAGAAUUUGAAGUUUUUCUUUUUUUCUUUUUUAUUUGAGAGAUGUGGGUGGAAGAGAAGGAAGGAAGGGCUUGAUGCAGUGAGGUGCUGAGAGGUCUCAAUUCCCCUGGGUCUAAUGAGCACUUCAUAGCAUCAGGCCCAAAAGUAAGCACUGAAAAACCUUUGAUACAAACUGGCAUCUAAAGCUCUUUGCAGGGAGUUCUUUAUAUGCACUAAUGUCAUGAAUAUAUUCAUUUCAGCCUUCCAGGUAGAGUUGUACUAUUUUUUUUUUAUGAUACCGGUGCAGUAUUGCUAACACAGUUACCGGUCAUCUUCUCUUACAGAUAUAUUUUCAGAUGUGUUUUGAAUUCUGAUUUUUAAAAAUAUAUGUAUAUAUUUUUUUAAAACAUAGAAGAUUAUUUUGGUUUUCCUGGGAGAAAAGAGAUUCUGCAAAAGCCAAGACAGGCUUUGCCCCAUUGGAAUAGUGGCACUGUAGGUGAUUUGUUUACAUUUUCUUGAAACUUCCUCAUUGUCUGAAGGAAAAUUGUCUGUGGAGAGCAUGAAGUGAAAGAAAUGACCCAGGACUGAGUUAUAUUUUUGGAGCACACUCCACUUAAAUGGAGUUCUAGAUAUAUUUCAAACCUCGUUACUGUCAACAGCAAACACUGUAGCUGGUUGUAAGGGUUGGCUUAUCCUUCAAGCCAAAUGCUUUUCUCUUCUCCAAAGGGCUUUCUCUGUUUGAUUAAGCAAAUUCAGAAAGUUGAACUGGCUCUUCUGAGGGUUUAUAGAUCUGCUCUGUGCUUUCCACUGCGUCAGGACAUUGUGGUUUUUGUGGGUUAUCUAUGGAGCUACAUGGGCACAAUCGAUCCAGUUUAAUUCAUGUUGUCAAUUAAAACCCCAGUGAUAUAUUAGGAGUCAUUUACAUUGUGGUGGGUGUGCCAGAUGAGGGGUGCAGGAUGCCUCUUAUCCUAACAGCUGCUGUGGGUAUAAAUUCCCUAACCCAGAAACAGAGUUCUGCCCUGUUACAUUCUGUGGGCUAUUUUUAGGGCCUGAUCUUGAGCUCCUGACCCUUCUAAAUCUCCAUUGAUUUCAGUGGGGCACUUGGAUAUACCAGGAAUGCAGAGUCUAGUCCUAACGCUUUAAAUUAUGGAGAUUCUAUAAAAUAAAGCAGUGGCUAUUCAGCGCUGGCACCAGGCUUGGAGACCAACAUUGUCUUUGAAUGUCUCAGCUGCGGGCCACUACCCAACAUUUCUCAGUUUUUGGCUUGAAAUACAUUCAGAAUGGAAUUAUUACGGAGUCUGGAUUAGCAGUCCCUUCGUAUAGGGGCCAUUCGCUCCAGGGCCAGAAGAAUCCAUUAAAAGUAUUCUGUGGGAGAGCUCAUUUAUAGGCACUGGUCUAGCUGUCAGCUUCAUGAAUACAAAUGUUUAUCCUAUGUAAUUAGCACCGAAUACUGGAGGCUUUUUGCAAAUCGUUAUAACAUGCAGGCGUUGCUUAAAUUGAUGAACCAACUAAUCAUAAGCUGCAGAAGGGCAGGGGCUGUGAUUAUUAGACAAUUUUACUUGCUCAGGUAAUUGUGAGAUGCACUUACUUUGUGCUCCUGAUCCUCCAGGGAUAGGGCUGUUUAAGGAUAACACAAGCCCCUGUUGCCAUAAGACCUUGUUUUGCUCCAUUUUAUGUUGAAAGAGUUGACGUUUAGGAUGCUGGAGACCUAAAUUAACAUAACUGUUUAUCAGCCAGUGGGCUAGAUUUACUGGUACAGAGAGAUGGAAAUUACACUUCCUGUUUCAGCCAGACACACCCCCACACACCCCAUGCCUAAUACUCUCCCUAAGGGAGGAACAAGGUUUUUUCCACUGCCACCCCUAUUUCAGCUUCCCAGAAGGUGUGUAAAGGGGAAGGCUACGUUUAAACACCUCCAGGGGCUUCAUAGGAGGUUGCUGCAGGCAUGCGGAAUCAAUACAUCGUAUAGCGGGCCUGCACCCUCCACUUUUUUGAACAGGUUCUUACAGUCCCCCAGCUCUUCAGCAGAAAGGAGGUCCACUGCUGCGCCCUCUUUUCAUGCUGGACUGGCUGCCGCUGCAGGGUUGUGCUGGGAUUUAUGCCCGCGGAAGCCGGGUGAACUGAGAGUACACUCUGUCUAGCGUUCUGAGUUUCAGCACUUGUGCUGCAUCUUGCUCCACGAUCCACACUGUCUGGUCCGUGGGUUUGUGUAGUCUCUCGACUGCAACAAACGUCAUAUGACAUUUUUCCUUCUUGAUGUACAUCCUCACACUGGCCUUUUUCCUGCUUAGUAGGGUCUGUGUUGGAGAGACUGAAAGAGUGAUGGCCAGGCACUGUAUAGCUAAAUUUGUUUUUCUCCAGGAGCUCCAAUUGCCUUUGAAUUCCUUCAGUCCCAGUCAGAGUCUAUUCUCUUGCUUAAUAUGGGGCCAGGGGGAGCACUGAUAUGCUCAUAACUCCUCUUAGCACUAAUGGGAGUUAGUCACAUAUGUUUCCAUCUUCUUCUUUUAUCCCCUUCCCUGCAUCCACCCAUUGCACGGAUCAGAGAAUAGGCCACCAAGGGCCAACUACUUCCCUCAGAUGGAAUCAGUGAGAGUUAUCCACCUGCAUUGCAGGGCGAAAUUGAGCCCUAACACGGGAAAGCCUCUGGCCAUGAUUUGAGGAAUCAGAACACCAGAGUAACAAUUCUUGCAGCAUACCUUGGAGUACAUUUUUAACAUUACACCUCCCAUUAUACAGAAAAUUGCUUGUCUCCCAAUCCCACAUCUCUGCUUUGACUGUUAUGGGGUAACAGAAUAUAGUGUAUUUACAAAAUUUUCCUUGUGAAUGCCUCUUAAAAGCCUUGAAUAUAUAGGUCUUCUGAUAUGCACUGUUACCAGCACAAUUAGGAAUCUACCCAAAGUUGGAAAUGGAAGGCUAACUUUAUGUGAACGUAAUAUUAUACAAAUUGAUUGGCUUUUUAUUUUCAUACUGAAGAAUGUAGAGGGAAUAUUAGUUGGCAUUAAUUAUGAGGCAUUACAUUUAUCCCCAGUAAUAGGAGAUACUCCGUUUUUAUGUAUGCUAACCACAAGUGGGAUAAUUACCAAACCUGUUCAGGCUAUUGUUGCUAUUAGCCCAUGGUGUGGAAAUCAUUUAAUUUCUAGCUUUUAGCAGACUAAUCCUGUCUCAGUGAGUUGGUGGUUUUUUCUUUUUUUUUUUUUUAGAGUACAGUAUCUCAUUCUCUUGCUAUUUCACACAUUGUUUUGUCUGACAGACUUCAUCACAGCAUCAAAAUUAUAAUAAAAUACGAUUACAGUUAACUAGCACUGUUACUGAUUUUUUUUUUUUAAGAAACUACAUUUUUUUUCUUGCAUUUUAAAAUAAUUGUGAAAGCAGAGACACCAAUGCUCAUGUGAAUUCCAUUGCGGCCCAAGUCAUUUGACUCCGUAAGUACAUACUUGGAAGUAUAUAUGGGUACAAUAACCAAGAGUUUUCUGAGAACUUCCUAUUUGUGUGCCUUGUCAUUUGUUUAGCAUUCUAUCACCAUCUUUUAUAACUGUUGUAGCUGGAAGUUAAAAUCUUCUCUUACCUAUUGGUACAUUUGUAUGCAUUCAGCUGCAGCUGAGGCACGUUUUAAGGGUUUGUGGCUACUAACUCCAGUCUUACCAGAUUCUGAGCUUCUCUGGGCUGGAUGAAUUGGAUGGGAGUUGAAGGGGUUCCCUAGCAGAUCCUUGGACAAUAAUCUAGCUUCAUGGUAGUUAUAAAUGGUACUCCAUUUACAGAACCACAGUUCAUUUUCAAGACAUUGCUCAAAAGACCUAUGGAGGAGAGGGCGGCUGUAAAUAUUUGCAGGUGGGGUGCCCAGGUUUGGCUGUGUAACAGCUAUUUCAUUCAUAAGAGCUCAGCAACUAAAUCCCAACAUGUUACUUCAAAAACCAGAGGGAGAAGGGAAAUAGAAGCAAUGGUGUCCUGAGGAAAGAAACAGGAAUUACAAAACAUUUGCAAAGAAUAUGUUUUGGAAGAAUUGCUUGGAGACUAGGUUGUCAUGGUAGUUUUGCUGUCUGUCUGGAUGCUGAAAUUGUUUUUCUUUCUUGUGGUUGAAUACAAUCUCCUUAAUUACCUACUUAAAUAAGUGAUAGCUUCCGAAAGUGGUGCCCUACUUCCACAGUGGAGUGUGGGCUUUUUUCCUAAUACAUAAUGGGAGAAACCCUGCCUCCAGUAAAGUCAAUGAGCAUUUUGCUAUUGAGUUCAGUGGGGUCAGGAUUUUUUCACCCAAGGUAUUCAGAGGCUCCUUUUAACUUCCCCCUCUAUCCCACCCAAAAUGUUGGAACUUAGCAUGCACUGAAAGAUGUGAAAGAUGGUAGUUCCUUUUAUUUCUUAAUACCUUACAUGUUCCAAUGUUUGCUUUAACUGCAAGACGGGGAUAUUAGAUUGAACAGGAACUUCCAUUUAGUGUAAAAUGAAUUAUUUGUAUAAUCUGAUGUACCAGUUGCCAUUAAGAUGGAUAUUGACAUUAAAUUUUUUUUGAAAGAAA